CGAAACUGUCAGCGCAAGCGAAAGGAAUUGUGUUGAUUGUUGCAGAAAGAAAUACUCUCGAAAGUUUGACAAUUUACUUUAGACUAUCGGGUGAGUAAUAAAUAACCGUUAACUAUGCAUAAUAUGUUCUAAAGCUCGAUAAAGUUUUGCUUGUAAACUAUUCGCUUCGACGCAAAAGCAGACGGAUUCGAAAAUACGUCUGUUCCCGGCGCAAGGCGCGCACGAAUCCCAAAUGCGCAGUUGUUCAAACUCAAAGCGAACGAGAUUUCGGGAUCACUUGAUUGAUCUAGAUCUGAGCUGUGAUUUCUUGACUUCUGCCCAUUUCAACAUUGAUUUCAAGCUUUCCUGAAGAUAUCAGUAAUUCACUGUAGUUUUGGUCAUUUUUUCAAUGUUUACUCAAUUAUUGGAGCAAUUUAAAUUGAUUAUUGUAGUAUUGUAGUAUAAUUGUUAGAACUAUCGUCUCGGAAAUAUCAACGCAAAAAUGAAUCAAUUUUAAGCUAUUUGCCAGAACAUUUAUGAUUUAUGAUUUCGAAAUCAUCUUGGUGAUUCAAUAGUUGACCAUAGUUGAUUUCUGGUUUAUACUGAUAAAUUGAUUUCGGAGUCGAGUGCCAAGAUUCUGCUGUGACGCAUUAUAUAUAUAUACGCACUUCUCGCCCAAAUUUGUAUUCUCGUGGUUGUCAGUGCUCUCAAGUCUAUCAUGCAUCGUGUAUUUCUAGGUUGCCAUGGAUGUUCAAUUUUUGCUUCGGAUUUCGUGUUUUCUACUGAUAGGUGUAACACUGGGUGAGGCGUAUUUCAUCGUCCGAGACGGUAAGUCACAAUGUUCAUUGCAUAGGUAGCCCAGACACACUGUGCGAUUUAAAUUUAACGAUUUCAAAAUAAUAAUGUUAACGAUCAGCUCAAAAAUAUUCCGAAUUUUUACACUAAAAUGUAUCACUAAUCAAUGCUUAUCGUUGAAGGAAAUAUACUUAGGUACAUAGCAUGCAUCAGCAAAAAUAAAUAGUUUAUACCUUUAGUAGAAGCACUUGAAAUCUAGCUUUAAAAUCAUGACAUUAUUUUAAAGCUGGAUUUCAAGUGUGUCUACUAAAGGUAUAAACUAUUUAUGUUGAUGCAUGCGCAUGCUAUGUACCUAAGUAUAUUUCCUUCAACGAUAAGCAUUGAUUAGUGAUACAUUUUAGUGUAAAAAUUCGGAAUAUUUUUGAGCUGAUCGUUAAAGGUGAUCUACAGUCCGUAUGUAAACAAAGCCUUUGUUUACAUUUUUGUGUCCAAAAUAUUGAGCUUUAUUCGACAACUAUUUAUAUUUUCAAGCUUCUAGAUUAUAAUAAAUGAUCAAGAAACAACAAUCAGGCUUUUCAAGAACUCAAAACAUAGUUAAACUGUUUGUAUCAUAAAAAGUGGGCUCAUUUGUGCACAUGCGCAGAUCGGACUGUAGAUCACCUUUAACAUUAUUAUUUUGAAAUCGAUACCGCAGGGGGUAAUUAAGUAUGCCAAGCAUUUAAAUUUAAAUCGCACAGUGUGUCUGGGCUACCUAUGGUUCAUUGGCGCCAACUAACAAUGGGGGGAGGGGGAGAAAAGUGGAGCUGUUUGGAUAUGGACCGAAUUCAGUGAAUUAUCUGAUCAUUAAAACCAAAUGCGAAUUAAGUUAAACUGAAUACUUCAAACGUCAGGUGAAUAUAGAUAUCUUGAGGAGAAUACAAGACCAGUCCAAUACAAAGAAAAUAUAGAAGACCAGUCCUGUACAACGACCAUUUUGAUUUUCAUCACUUCAUUCACUUGAUUUUCCUAACAGCUUGAAUUGUAUCUAAUUUCAGGCCCACAGGAUGCGAAGCCGAAGAAACCCAUUAUUUUUGUUAUUGGUGCGGACGGCCUUGUGGGCAGAACAGCGGUAUCAGCAUUAUCCUCGAUGCAUGGGAAAAGCGUUGAAAUUCGAGCUGGCGUGCGCAAUCCCGCCAAAGCCAAGAGAUUAGAAUCACUGACAGGUGUCACCGUUGUCCAAGCAGAAUUGGGAAAGAAAGCGAGAUUGAGGAAAUUGUUUGAAGAUGUCAAUGCAGUUUAUAUCAUCAGUUCCGGCAACGACGUUGAAGAUCGAGCUCAAUGCGCGAUCGAUACAGCUACAGCAGCUAAGGACGCAGGUGUCGAAUACAUAUUACUAUAUAGCCUCGCAGUAGCAGAGCGACCCGAUACAAUUUUUGGAAAACAGCAUAAGCAAAUAGAAACGGCUGUGUCAAAGCUUGGUGUUCCAUAUACAAUCCUGCGCCUACCGCUGUUAGUAGAUAACCUUUUGGCGCAUCGGACUUCGAUAAAAAAUAUGUCCACGAUUUACUGGCCAGCACGCCCUAACGCGUCAUUCACACCGGUGGUUACAAAAGAUGCUUCCAUCGCCGCAUCCUUCAUCCUCGCUUCACCAAAGAAACACGUAGGAAAAAUAUACACGAUCGUUAGUGACCGUGUUACCUACAGCGAAAUAGCCGACGCGUUUACCAAAGCACUUGGCCGACAUGUCGGAUACGUUCGCAUAUCUUACAAAGACGCAAAGGCCUUUCUGCAGAAACACAGAUUCUCCAAAAUCAGAGCAGAAGCGAUCAUGGAAAUGUAUCGCCUUGUCGAUGCUGGUAGUUGCGUUACGAAUCGAAAAAGUCUCAACGAUUUUUCGAAUAUAACCGGUCAAAAACCAACCAAGGUCCGCUCUUGGAUAAACAAACAUACAUUCCUGUUCAAAUAACGUGGAAGUAAUGCGAAGUAUUCCUUUCAUUUGACAAUAUGUUAAUCGAUUAUACACUUUAUAUUGCAAUAAUAAAUUUCAUAUAAGUUCUUUGUAUGUUUGCAUGGCGAUAAAAUAUAAUAGUUUUGUUUGUGGAAACACCACGUAAAUUUAUUACUGCAAAGCUUUCGAUCCGUAAGCCCGGAUCUUCAUCAGUGCUAAUAAUAAGAUUAUAGCACAUUAUUAGCACUGGUGAAGAUCCGGGCUUACGGAUCGAAAGCUUUGCAGUAAUAAUUAUAUUUACGUGAUGUUUCCACAAACAAAACUAUUAAUAAAUUUCAUGUUUCAUUUUUAAAUUUUCAACUGAAAUCUUUUGACUAUUAAAUGCAUUCCAUAUUACCAAAUUUAUGUUUGUAUAUCACCAUAAUUUGCAACCACCCUUUUUUUAUCAUGUGUAGCCUUUCUUAUGUUUUUCUUAUCAUGUGUAAUUAUAAUAUAGCCCCAGACCCAUAUAUAUUAUAAAUAUAGCCACAAACGUACGCCGAAAAACAGGCCACAACCUGAGCAUUUUUUCAAUUGAUUCAUAUUCAUGAACUUUUAGGAUAAUUAGCAAGACUAUUGUCUUUUAUUUUUUAAUGUUUAUAUAACAUUUUCAAAGUAUAUUCUCUACCUAAAUAAUUCAGGGUGCUCCCCAGGAACAUUUUCAGUCUCUUGCAUUCCAGGAGAAUAUCUAACUAUGAUUUCUAGGGAAAAGCCAUAAGUUUUACUUUAUUAUAUAGUAGCGAGU